CCGAAGAUGAGGAGCUGACAGAGAUCAGCAACGAUGCGCUAAACCUCCUCCGCCGGUGGUACUCAGAGGUGUGCAUGCAUGCCUGCGUGCAUUCGCGACCAAAUUCACAUUUCUUCAAGGUUAACACCGGCACGAUGGUUUCAGCGGUGCUGUGAAGCCGAUCAGCAGUCGGAGUCGGAGAUAAGCAACAGUAAUGUUCAUACAUUGGAGGCAAAGAAAACCAACAGUCCUCAUGAGGGAGCAAACGACAGGACAUGUUUUCGCUCCGUUUUUGCAGCUCGCAAUUUCAAGCCAAGCGACUUGCGAUCUUCUCUUAUAUAGUGGCAUUUACGCGGAGCAAAAUCAGGCAGCAGUUUAAAUGAACAGUUUUAACUAAUCUGGAAACAACAUUGACGCUUAUAGUGGUUCCAGAGGAUUAGGGACCAAAAACAGUCGCCAGCAUGGAUAAGUUCCGCAUGAUUUUCCAGUUUCUUCAAUCCAACCAGGAGUCGUUCAUGAAUGGCAUCUGUGGGAUCAUGGCGCUGGCCAGUGCGCACCUGUACUCGGCCUUUGAUUUCAACUGCCCCUGUCUGCCUGAAUAUAACUACUCUUAUGGAAUGGGCAUCCUGGCGCUCCCUCCUUUUGUGCUUUUUCUAGUAGGCUUCAUCAUGAACAAUAAUGUGUCCAUGCUGGCAGAAGAGUGGAAGAGGCCAAUCGGCCAGCGCAGGAAGGACCCAGCAGUGCUGCGUUACAUGUUCUGCUCCAUGACACAGCGGGCCAUGAUUGCUCCAGUGGUUUGGAUUUCCGUCACCCUCCUUGACGGGAAAAGUCUGACGUGUGCUUUCAGUGUCAACUUGCAGCUAGAGAAGUUUGGCAAUGUGAGCACACAAGGGCUAUCUCAGGAUGAGCUCACCCGAUUACUGGCUAAAAUCCCCUGCAAGGACAUCUUCGACGGACAUGCAGUAGUCUCCCGGGAAGCUGCCGAGCGCUACCUGCGUUGCAUAUCUCAGGCAAUUGGCUGGACCUUCCUCUUGCUGAUGACCAUGAUGGCAUUCCUUGUAAGGGCAAUCCGCCCUUGUUUCACCCAGGCUGCCUUCCUGAAAACCAAAUACUGGUCGCAUUACAUCGACAUCGAACGCAAGCUUUUUGACGAGACCUGCACAGAGCAUGCCAAGAGCUUUGCCAAGAUCUGCAUUCAGCAGUACUUUGAAAGCAUCAAGGGGGAGAUGUGCAACUUCCAUCAGCACCACCGGGUGCGACAUCACAGCAAGGAUUCGGAAGAGGAUGCUAAAGGAGAUGAUGACAAGCUGUUGGGCAUCACUGAUCAGGAGGACAUGAAUAAGGUCCUAAAAAAUUGGCAUCAGUGCAAGCCUCCACUUAAUCUGGCCAAACCUGGGUUGCUAAAUGGCAAUGGCUGUGCCAAACCCAAUAACACAGAAGACAAAUCUGUCAAUUCCAGGAAAACACUGGUGGCUUAUUAUAGCAAGGUUUGAAGGAUAUGGAUAUGGGGUAAUUAGGACACUUGAAUCAUGGGGUAAAAUAAUACGUCCUGACGUUCAAACAUGACUCCAACUGCUGUAGUGGAACCCCGCAGAAUUGCAUUGAUCUUCAUUUAUCACAUUGAUAAUCCACAAGAAAGAUGAUAAGAUGGUUAAAUAUGUGGCCUACUCAGUAAAUUAACAAAGUCUAAGAUGCACUGCCCCCCCAGCCAGGACAGGUGCUGACCAUGUACACUUAAGGUUAAGGAGAGGGAUUUUGGACAAAUCAAGUGAAAUGAAUGACUGAGCCUUUUGUUCUCAUCAUAAUUGUUCUAAAGCUCUAAUGGUUGCCCCCUACCUAAGAAUAAAUUUGCCAACUGGGAUCAAGCAGAUGUGAAUGGAUGAACAUGCUGGAAGAUUGUAGCCAUGGCAAAGGGCAUCACCUUAACUUAUCUUAGCAUCUGAAAUAGUGAGGAUCUCCCUUGUUGAAGAGUUUAUAAACGCUCUUAGACCUGUCUACAAAGAUGAACUGUGGUAACUGGAUAGUAUCAUUUACUUUAUCCCAUAACAUGACUUUUGGUUGAUUUCGUUUCAUUAUUUUGAAUAGUAUUAUAAUUCAAUGUUGUCUGGUCACACCACAACAAUUCUAUUUUGGUUUCUAGAUGCUGCCAUUUUUUGUUUGUUCGUGACCACAAGGGGGUGCACCUCAAACUCCAGACACACAGCGUAGACAUAAGUCUCAGGUUCAGAAGACCUUUGGUUAAACAGAUUUUCUUAUACAAGCUUUGUCUUAAACUUUGCAAUCCACGGCAGAGUUACAAUCCUCUUUUUUCACUCUCUUCCUGUCCAGCCUUGUCCAUCACCUCCCAACUCUUUCCUUGGUGGAUUAGCUUCUUUUAUGGGGGACCCAGGCGUACUACUGGUGUCAUGGUGUGUGUGGAUGGAAGAACUUCUGGAUCAAGUAGCUGUCCCAUUAAACUAAGAAGUCUUUUCCCGGCAGCACCCCUUGAUGGCACCCAAGAACCCUGACAGGGCUGCUCUUCUGAGCUACAAGUCCCAAGCAACCCUGCGGGUAUCCAAGCUGGGGCCACACCAGAGGAACACUGCCACCUCUCAUGUUAGAGGAGAAAUUGUCCCCGACAUCAAGGCUCUCCCAGUAUUUUCGUUAUGGCCUCUCACAGUCUGGGAUUAAAACUGGGAAUUAUCUCAGCCAGACUGAACCACCAUCCAUGUGCUCCAUCAAUUAUAGCCUCCCGGCCAAGUAAGAGUUUGCCCUCCGUCCUGGUUAGGACAUCGGUACAUCUGCUGCGCCAACUACAAUAGACAACCUGAGACACCCGAGAGUGAGUUAGCAAGUAAUGUUAGAUGGAAGGACUUUAAGGACCUUCAAAACUUGACUUGAUAUUAUUUGGGGAUAAUUGGCUAGAUAGGAUUGCCAAACUUUGUCGGGCUGAAUGGCCUGUUGUCAUCAAAAUGUUUCCAAUGGUGUAAUAUUAAUACAAAGACUCUGCUCAUCCAGAUAGCCAAUAAUGUGGCUGGCAGUCACUAUAUAUAGCAUGCAGACAUGGCCAGAAGGUUUUAUCGUUGAUAAGCAAAACAUUAGAUUGGGCAAAUGUGAGGUGUGAGUGCCUUAGUUAGACCACUGAGUGCUGAUGUCCGAUGUAGUUGUGCACAUCAAGCUCUGUGGUCUCCAGCAUUUAUGGAGAAUUGUUUUAAGUGGAGAAGGAAGGCGAGAAAAAACUGUAAGGGGAUGUUUGGGUAGGAAGGCUGACCUCAGCUGAAGAUUUAAC